GGGACAGGGAAGGGAUCAGUGAUGAGGAGUGAUGGGGCUGGAGGUUAAACCUUGCCACCUGGAAGUCUCAAACACACAUUCCUGUGAGACAGCCAGAAUUACUGAAUCCAGGAGACUGAAGAUGCUGCUGCUGCUGCUGUGGGAGCAGCUGUUCCUGGUGUCAUUUGUUGGCUGCCUUGCAGAUGUGGAGAGCUCCAGGACGAGGAUGAGGAGCGCGGUGUCGGUGCGCGAAGGCCAGGGCGUCGUGCUGCUCUGUGGGACCCCGCCCCGGGCUGGAGACCUGUCGUUCGCCUGGAUCUUCAACGAGUACCCGUCGUUCGUGCAGGAGGACAGCCGGCGCUUCGUGUCCCAGGAGACAGGGCAUCUGUACAUCGCCAAGGUGGAGCCCUCGGACGUGGGCAACUACAGCUGUGUGGUGACCAGCAGGGCCAGCAGGAGUCCCGUGCUGGGCUCCCCCACGCCCCUGGUGCUGCGCACAGACGGUGUGAUGGGGGAAUACGAGCCCAAAAUUGAAGUUCAGUUCCCUGAGACCCUGGCAGCAGCCAAAGGCUCCACUGUGAAGCUGGAGUGCUUUGCACUGGGAAACCCCGUGCCUCAGAUUAACUGGAGAAGAACUGACGGGCUGCCAUUUCCAAGUAAAAUAAAGCUGAGGAAAUCCAAUGGCAUGAUUGAAAUCCCUAAUUUCCAGCAGGAGGAUGCAGGGCUCUAUGAAUGCAUUACUGAAAACUCCAGGGGCAAAAACAUUGCAAGAGGACGUCUCACUUACUAUGCAAAGCCUCACUGGGUGCAGCCCAUACAGGAUGUGGAGGUUGCUGUGGAGGACACCUUGUCCUGGGACUGCAGAGCCAGUGGGAAGCCCAAACCCUCCUACAGGUGGCUGAAGAAUGGAGAGCAGCUGGCCAUAGAGGGAAGGAUCCAAAUUGAAAAUGGUGCACUUACAAUAUCAAAUCUAAAUCUGACAGAUUCUGGCAGAUACCAGUGCAUAGCUGAAAAUAAGCAUGGUGUCAUCUCUUCGAGUGCAGAGCUCAGGGUUGUAGCUUCUGCUCCAGAUUUUUCCAAGAGUCCAAUGAAGAGACUGAUCCAGGUUCAGAUAGGCAGCACAGUUGAUUUUGAGUGCAAACCCAGAGCUUUCCCCAAGGCCAAAUGUUCCUGGAAGAAGGGAGGUGAGCAGCUGCAGGAAAAUGAAAGGAUCAGCCUGUUAAAGGAUGGAGGGCUGAGGGUGGCCAACGUGACCAAGGGGGAUGCUGGCACCUACACCUGCCUGGCCACAAACCAGUUUGGAGCAGCCAGGGGCUCCACCAGCCUGGUGGUUACAGAGCCAACCAGGAUCACCCUGGCCCCUUCCAACCUGGAUGUGACCGUGGGGGAGAGCGUGGUGCUGCCCUGCCAGGUGCAGCACGAUCCCCUGCUGGACAUCAGCUUCACCUGGUACUUCAACGGGAGCCUCGCCGACUUCCAGAGGGACGCAUCCCACUUCGAGAAGGUUGGAGGGAGCGCAUCAGGGGAUCUGAUGAUCAGGAACAUCCAGCUGAAGCACAGUGGGAAGUACGUGUGCAUGGUGAAGACAGAGGUGGACAGCGUGGCCUCUGCUGCCGACCUCAUCGUGAGAGGCUCUCCUGGGCCCCCUGAGCACGUGAGGGUGGACGAGAUCACGGACACCACAGCCCAGAUCUCCUGGCAGGAGGGCACAGACAACCACAGCCCCGUGACCACCUACACCAUCCAGGCCAGGACGCCCUUCUCCGUGGGCUGGCAGAGAGCCACCACAGUUCCGGACGUGAUCGACGGCAGAACCUUCACGAGCACAGUAGUGGAUUUAAAUCCUUGGGUUGAAUAUGAAUUUCGUGUAGUUGCCACCAACAAAAUAGGAGGUGGAGAGCCUAGUUUGCCCUCAGAAAAAGUAAGAACUGAAGAGGCAGUUCCUGAAAUUCCCCCCUCUGAGGUCAGUGGGGGAGGAGGCAGCAGGUCUGAGCUGGUCAUAACGUGGGAUCCCGUCCCUGAGGAGCUGCAGAACGGGGAAGGAUUUGGCUACGUGGUGGCUUUCCGCCCCUCGGGCACCUCGACGUGGAUCCAGACCGUGGUGACCUCCCCUGACACCCCCAGAUACGUCUUCAGGAACGAGAGCAUCCUGCCCUUCUCGCCCUACGAGGUCAAGGUCGGCGUCUACAACAACAAGGGAGAGGGGCCCUUCAGCGCCGUGGCCACCGUGUUCUCAGCUGAGGAAGAGCCCAGCACGGCCCCCUCGGGAGUGUCUGCCACCAGCCUGUCCUCCUCAGCCAUCCAGGUGUCCUGGACAGCCAUUCCCUGGAAGAUGAGCAAUGGGAGGCUGCUGGGCUAUGAGGUUAGGUACUGGAAUAAAGGCCAGAAAGAAGAAUCUUCCAACAGAGUAAAAGCAGCAGGGAAUGAAACAUCGAUAAAAAUUACGGGGUUGAGGAGCAACCUGGAUUAUUACACAGCUGUGCGUGCCUACAACAGCGCCGGGGCAGGGCCCUUCAGUGCCACCGUCAAUGCCACCACCAAAAAGCCACCACCCAGCCAGCCUCCAGGAAACGUGGUGUGGAAUGUCACAGACUCCAGGGUGCUGCUGAGCUGGGAGGAGGUCAGAGCCAUGGACAACGAGUCCCAGGUCACAGGCUACAAGGUGCUGUGCAGGAGCAGCCAGGGCGGGCUGCAGGUGCUGAGCACGGCGGGCACCACGGCCGAGCUGUGGCUGCAGCUGCAGGACGAUUAUCUCAUCGAGGUCAGGGCCACCACCGAGGGCGGCGACGGCAGCAGCAGCCAGCAGAUCCUCAUCCCCAGGCUAGCCAGUAUGGAUGCAAGAGGUUCUGGACCAGUUUUGAGUAUCUUCAGUGUCUCGAGCUUCUUAGCAACAAUAUUUUCCUUGACCCUUAAUUCUGUGUUGUGCUGAUAUAUUUGCAUUUGCUGGGGAAAAAAAAAUUGGUUACUAAAGUGCAUUUUUUAAAAAAACUGCAGUGGUUAAUGCAUGUUUUUUCUUCUAUCCUGACGUGUUUUUAAAUUCUUUAUAUUUCACUGUAAGUUGAAGUAAAAAUACCAUGUAAAGUUUAGCAAAUCCUUUAAAAAGGAAUCUAAAAUGCCUUAAUACUUGAACCAAAGGAGUUUACAUGUUACAUACUUCAGAUACAGUGUGAGAGAGGGGUAGGGAUGGCACUGUGAGGUCAGGACAUGAGGGAGAGUGAGAAAAAACAUUUUUGCAGCAGCCCUGAAUUGUUCUGGGUUUGUUCUGCAUUGCUAAAAUAACGUUUGGCAUGGAAAGGAUGAAAUCAGAGCUGGGGCUGUUAUCUGCUGGAGUUGAUAAUGGCUGCUCCCAAGGCAGUGCCAUCACCCUGGAGUUGGGAUCAUUUCCCUGCUUCCCUUUGUGGGAGUUGCUCUAAAUGGAAAGAUAUCCCAAAAGAAAUCUCCUUCAAAGAAAUCCCACCUGGAGCAGGGCAAAGGCUCCGUGCUGCUCCUGAGAAAUGAUCUCCCAGCUGUGAUCUGGGGCUGGUUUUGUGCUGCUUCUCAGUAAAUCCUGAAAUUCAUCUCCUCAUCUCCCCACCUUGCCUUCCCUACCCAGGUUCUUUGUUCAAAACCAAUCUCUCCCACCCUGGGGGUGCUGUGCUUGCCCUGCUGCCAGUGUCCAGGGGCUGAGGUGCCCACCUGGCACCCACCAUGGCCCUGGGGACAGGGACACCCAUCCCUCCCUCCUUCCCUGGCGCUCCCAGCCCUGCAGCCCCAAAUCCUCCUGCUCACUGCACUGCAAACACCCUGAAUUCACACCCACAGCCAGGCCUCUCCCUCCUGCUGCUCUUGAACCCCUUCUGAACUGUUCCACCUGCUCUGGCUCUCAGCUGCACCCCGCUGCUGUCACACGAGUCUGGGAAGUUCAUGGCAAUAGUAGGAUAUUGAAAAAACUAUACAACAACACUUCAGAAUCGCUAUUGAAGGAUAAUCUGUGCUUUCUUUCAUGGCAGUAAACUACAGAUACAUUCAGCCUGGUCCAUUUGACUUCUAGAGUUGUGGCUUCAGUCAAAUCAACCUUUUUAGAGAGGUCACAGCAUCCCUGUUCAGAUAAUAUAAGGCAUCAUCUCCUCCUAAACACUGGGGUUUUUAAAUUUCACAAUACUACUACAACACACAGAAGUACAAAGGGAGAACCAGAAUUAAUAAUAUUAUGGUAGCACUUUGGGAAAAAUACCUUGAUGUGCAUUGAGCUGGCAGAUGAGCUCCAGAUGAGGCCAAGUGCUGCUGAGGAAAGCAGGAGCUGUAAAUACUGUACAUAGAGAGCUAUAAAUGAGUUUAAAAUUAGUUGCUUUUCAGUGUUGUUUUCAGACACUUGCAAACAGGGGGGUGGGUGGGACAUGGAAAUCCAGGUGUUCCUAGUGAGUAAAUAGUUCUAUUUCAUGCAACAAAGGGUGACUCUUUCUCUUGUUUCACAAAACUCUAGUCCAGGUUCCUGUACUGCCCAUUUUUCAUGCACUUACAUUGUAUUAUUACUUGAUUUCUAGUUCUAUAUCUCCAUGAGAUAUGUACCCAGUACCUUGUUUCAUAUUGAAAAGGUUGAAAUUUAUCCUUGAACUUCCAGUUGUGUGUGUAUCCUAUGGUUAUCUGUAUGCAUUCUUUUCUAUGGCUCUAAUAAAAUAUUUAUUACAUUGAGGGAUAAUAGAA